CACUUGCAAAGAUUAGCAUAUUCUGUUUACAUUAAUACUAAUCCAUUCACACUAUAAAUUGUCUAUUGUAUGAUGAGUCUGUCAUUAUUAGCCGGGUAUGGCUCAUCAUCGUCUGAAUCAGAGUCUGAGUGCGAGCUCGAAAACAAGUCCAGACAGCAGGGGCAAAAAAAUAGCGGCAACAGCGAUUCUGCCACAGCAACAGACAUAUCCCACGUGGAGCAGAAACCCGCAAGCCAAAAGCCGCCUCAAAGAGGUCUUGGUAUGAUGCUCAGCAGCAUUCUGCCGCCGCCCAAAUUCAGUUCUGAGAAAAAGACAAUUCGAAUAAUGGUCGACCUCCCACAGUCAAAACUACCAGCAACCAGCACAGAGACAAAAGAGAACGCAAGCUUUGACCAAGAAACUGAUACUCCAGCUGACUCUGCCAAGUGGUCAUCGGGGAGCUUGUUUUCUGAGCUAUCGAGCUUGCUGCCAGCGCCAAAAAAUUCGAGCAAGGGCCCCGCAUUGUCAAGCCAGGCGGUAUCCAACAUGCCACUUUCAGCGCAUGCAGUCGGUGUCACACCAAAACCCGAAUUCACGCAGCAAAAACCACAGGCUCUCAUUCCACACUCGCUAUCCAAUCGCCGCAAAGGCAAAACAACGGCAAUUGCAGCACGGUCGUUUAAGGCACCGAUAAGCAGCGGCGCGGCGGUUGAGGCUGGACAUGAAGGCACCGGCGACACUUCUCGGAAGCAGCCUCAGAACCUGGUAGAGGAUGAGUCAUUCAGUGGGCCGUUUUUCACUAUCGAUGCUGACAGCCCGACAGAAGUCAGUAAUUUCAAGACAGAUAACGAUAUCAACGAGGGAUUGCCUUCCAACAACGCCAACCAGGCCAACCAGGCCGCACACACCGCACCCGAGCUUUACUACGAUCCAACUAGCGGGUACUACUACGACUAUGACAGCGGGCUAUACUAUUUUUACGAUGCGGCCAGCAAGACCUACAUCGAUACGAGGAGUAUUGCGCCCUCGGAUAAUCACGAACAUGGUGUGCACGGAUUGGAGCCUGGAAAUAAUGGCGAUCCAUCGAUUUCUGAUUCCAGUAUUGCUGAGCACGAUGUAGGGCAGAUGAUUGGGCGCAAGGGGCUGCGGCGCGGAGAGAUGCACGCCAUGUUCAAUAUGCCGGUCAAGCAUGUGUCUCAGUCAGCGCAACUCCAGGAUUCUGGGUACUCGGAUACCAGGGCGGCAGCCGAGUUUUCUGUUAAGCGCUCUGCUGAGCAAAAGCGGCGGCAGACACAGACUGUCAUUGACAGCAGCGAGGUGGACAAGAAGAAGAAGCAGAAGCACAAUAUCAUGUUCCUGGCGCUCCAGGCGCAGGAGCAGGAGUCCAAGCUUAAAGAGGCCCAUGCUAGCCGGCAGAGAUCCAAGAAGGCGGCACGAGCCAAGUACGGUGAGUUCAAUAGCUGUAUUGUUAUUGCUGUCGGAAUCAAAUGCCAUUGGCGGCAUUUUCCGACGAAAUUUCUUGCAUUUCGUGUUUACUCGCAAAAAGAGCUCGCGUGUAUAGUGUUGUAUGCUUGCCAUUCUUUUAAUCGCAAACCGUAUCAGCACACACUCAUUUACGCAUUCACAUUUACUUAUUCAUCGCACAAAACAUUUGACCGCGCAUGAUUUGUGACGAAUAUGUUUUUUUGAUGCAUCCUGUAGGGUAUUGAGCGAGAUAACGACAGAGAGAGGGGGAUCCCGGAAGUUUUUUAUUUGCAGAAUGCAAGUCGAAAAUCUUAAGGCCUUAUGUCAUUAUAAUUGUCGCUAAUAAAUUGGGUGAAUAGGCCAAAUAGAGAAAGCAAGUGUAUAACGCAAAGUCGCGCUGUUGGAUUCCGGUGCAAUGAAGUUGAAAAUGAAAGUGAAAUGGUAUACUAUAUGUUGCAUGUUGAUCGUGCAUCUUUUUGCGUUUCCG